AUGUAUCGAUCGCCCGUUAUCAUGAUGUCACAUUUAGUGUCGUCACCAUCAAGAAUACAACCCGAUGACGUGUCGUCGACGUCCGCAGAAGAUCCGAAAGAGAAAGAAGACUCUGAGAUUCUACGCAUUUACGACGGCAAUAGUUCGCUCAGGAAUCAAGAUAUCGCUCUACGAAGGUUCCAUAUAACGGACAAUCCUGAUUCGUAUUAUGUUACUCAAGUGCUCAGUGAUAAUGGGGAAGAAGAGCUGUUGGAAGAUCCAGUCCCAAUGCGCAACGUGAAACGACCUGAAGGUCGACGAGCCCAAAUUUUCCUCAGAUACAAAGAUGAUCCCGAGAAAGCGAUUGUAAAACUUUACGGUGGUUGGUUAAGGUAA